UCCUCACGCAGAAGAUGUUGGUGUACUUCUGGGGGUUCCUGUACAGCAACUACGUUCGGUUUUGGCUGAAGUGGGUCUUGAGGCUGCUGACUCGGAAAUGCGAACUGCAGCGCGUUUUCGAGGGCUCGAAGGCAGGUGCGCAGCGGACGCUGAGCAUAGAACAUUCGCUGGAAUCAUCAAAGAAUAAGGUUUUAAGAAAUGCUGUACAUGUUGAGGAAGCUGAAGUGGAGAAGUGUGUCAGAGAUGUAAUGAAAGAAAAGAAAAUUGAACAGAAGGAUACAGGGUUUAAGACAAAUCUGCAUAUAUCCUUACUGCAGAUAUCAGGUUAUAAAAAACUUUAUUUGAAUGUGGAAAAUCUGAGGAAGGUCCCGUAUGAUUCAGAUAACGAAGAACACGAGGAACAGUUAAUUGAGCUUUGGAAUUUGCUGAUGCCUCAUGAGAAUCUGAAGGCCAGAAUCACCAAGCAGUGGUGUGACAUUGGCUUCCAAGGUGAUGAUCCCAAAACAGACUUCAGAGGAAUGGGCCUGCUGGGGUUAGUGAAUCUGGUGUAUUUUAGUAAGCAUUACACCAAUGAAGCUCGUCAGAUCCUUUCUCGUUCAAAUCACCCAAAGCUGGGAUAUUCUUAUGCAAUAGUCGGAAUCAAUCUGACAGAAAUGGCAUACAGCUUGCUUAAGAAUGGUGCUUUGAAGUCUCAUCUGUACAACAUGGUCUUUGGGUUGCCACAGAUGGAGCACUUCCAUCAGUUUUAUUGUUAUCUGGUUUAUGAGUUUGACAAGUUCUGGUUUGAAGAAGAACCAGAAAGCAUUAUGCACUUCAACCAGUACAGAGAAAAAUUCCAUGAAAAAAUUAAGGGACUUCUACUGGAUUGUGAUGCGAUACUAACCUUACAAAACACAAAGAAACCUUAACUCCUCUGCUGUCUAUGAGGUUCUGCAUCAAAAGUGGAAUUACGCAUUUGGACAGAAGUUUUGCUUGUUUCACCAAAAACUGUUUAACAGUAGAACUUUUUUUUUUUUUUUUUACAUUUAAAAAAAUAAUCAAAAUUCAGUUAAGAAAGCUUGGACAAUCAACCUCUGUUUACAGGUCUUUAUAUGCUAUUCUCCAAAGGACAGCCUUUUUAAAAAAAAAAAAAACAAAAACAAAACAAAAACAAACAAAACCCAACAAACCAACACAAAAAACAACCCACAAAUCUCAAGAGCCUCUGGAUCACUUGCUUUCACAAUUUCUUUUAUACUUCUUGGUGCAGGAACAUGAAGCAGGUAUUUAUAACGCAUCAUGUUUUCCAUGAAUAGGUUUGACUGUUAAUUGUCUUUUAAAAGCUUCUUUUAGUUGAAAUUACUCUGGUUUUAGACUUCCUGCGUUCUGGUUCUGUACAUGUAGUUGAUCAUUCACUUGUCAGUGUUAAAUUUCUCUAAUGAAGAGGUCCACAAAGGGAACGUAUUAGUCACUUAUGAUUUUGGAGAAGAGGCUUAAUCCAUCAACAUACUAGUGUACUUACCAGAAAUUACUUCUGGCUAAGGAAGUUUUUUUUUUUAAUCUAUGGAUUUGUACCAGCAAAUUCCAAUGCUUGGAAAAAGCUUAGUUUGCAAACAAACAAAAGGAACCACAAAUCACCAGUGUGAGGAUCAGAUCCUCAGACUAAAGCUACUCAUUCUAAAAAUACUCCUACUGUAAAAAAUUUCAGUUCUUUCUAAUCUGACUUCAGCUGCUCAGGCUGCUUGCCUUUGUAUCCAUUGUCAGCCCUUUCUUAGCAGCUAAUGGGGUAUUCUCAGUGGGAAGUACAAAAGAGUUAGUUUGGCCCUUUUAUAAAGUUCAGCCAUUAAAAACCUUUAUUGCAGCUGCAGUCCCUAUUUUGUGAAAAUAAAUUCACACCUGAGUACAAGUCUCUAACAAAGAUGUAUUUUCCAUGGAAGGGAUGCAACUGCAACGUGUUCCUUAAUCUUGGCAACCUCAGACAAUCUAGUCAAUAGGACUAAAUAUCUAUAUUGUGACUAAUUAUUGCUUAAAGCAACUUUAAACAGAUUUGGUAUGACCAUCACUUCAUUUUCUAAAACCUACUAUUAAAUAAGUGCCUUCUGCUUUAUUCAAUCACUGUUUUAUUUUGAUUCUGUAACCAGAUCGUAGCCUUAGAAGCUUGAGUUAUUUGGGAAAGACUCUUUCAGUAUAUACCUAAAUAGCACACAGUGGCACAAAAUUUGUAUGCUAAUAGAAGCUUUCAUGCCUUUUUUUUUUUUUUUUUUUAAUCAUCUCAGGUAAAUUAGUUAACUUCUAGUCAAUGACUAAUCAUGAAGAGAUUCCUGAAGAAUACAAACAUUGAACAUGAGAAGAAAAAAAGACAAACCCCUUUUUGUAAUGAGUGAUGUUACACUACAUAAGUAUUAAAUGUAUUAUUAUAAUAGGUAAUACUACACCUUCUUGGAGAUAAUCAAAACCCAACCGGACAUGGUCCUAAGCAGCCUUCUGCAGGUGACCCUGCUUUGGGCAGGGGGUUGGACUCGGUGAUCUCCAGAGGCGCCUUCCCACCUCAGUAAUUCUGUGAGUCUGUAUUGUGUAACUAGUGACUUCUUGCACUGCAUCCAUCCAAUUGCUCUUGAUCCCUUAAAUGUUGGUGAUCUCCUAUUUGUGGGAAAGCUCCUGACCAGGGUAGACAGUAUGUAUGUAGGAGGUAAUGCAGUUCUGUUUCCUUUUUAUGAUACCUUAGGUAUAGACGAGAGUUAAACAAUUCUGAAGUUUAACACGUGCAGGGUAGAGAAGGGUUCAUCUCAUCUGUGUUGGGUUGAUGCUAUUCUACUAAAAAAAAAAAAAAA